UAUGACAAGGGUCCUGUCCUGGGAGGAGAUCCUUAAUGACGGAAUGCCCCUUUGGAUCAUCGGAGCAAUGACGAGAAACCAACCAUGCAUCACCUGAGUUGCUGCCCUGGAGGAAACAGAUAAUACUUAAUCUAGCCAACCUCAUUACAGCUGUCCAUGUUUUACUGGCUCCACCGAUACAGCUGAAUUUUCUAUCGCUUGCCUUACUUAUGAUGAAAAAGUGUCCACCUAAUAUUUUUUUCUCCCCCCUCCCCAAACACAGGAGUAUGUGUGGAGGUUAUUAACUGCUUUAAUUCCUAAUGAUGCCUGACAGGUGCUAUCUUGGUGAGAUUAAGGACUGGGUGGGUUAAUGAUGGGAUUGGCAAGAUUGUCAUAACUCACAAUAGGACCAUUAAAGUGAUAUUACGAAAAGGACUGCUGCUGAUAUGUGUUUAACUCUGGCAAGGUGGCACCAGGCAAUCUAUCAUUUUUUUUUUUCUUUAUGUGAUUUUCUUGCCUGCAGGGCCCAGUUCUAGAUGCGUGAGGAAUGUCAAAUAAUGCUGGCCAUGAAGAACGGAAGGCGAUUUGGUAGAAAUGAGGAUGAGAGAAGAAAACUGGACAAAGAAAGACAUUUCCUUCCACUAAGGGACCAUCAAUCAUCUCCAAGUAUCCAAGAUACCACAAUGGUGAACCAUUGAAGCCAUGAAUGCUGAGAGCCUUUGUACUGCAAUACUGCCCUCUACUGCCAGGAAUAUUUGCUUCAGUACAAAAGAACAAAGGAAAGCACACAGAAAAGGACACAAAGAAAAGUAAGGAACAUGUACAACACCUGUUAGGUAGUGAUUGAAGUCAUCCUUAAAGACAGCAUUGACCACAUUUUCUAUCCUCCCUUCUCCUUGAACCACCUUCUCUGUGGAUACUCUUUUAAACAUUUUUUUUGAAUCCAUAAAAAUCUAUUCAAUUAUGUACCUACUGUAUUUUUGAAUUGGUAUCAUAAGUCCAUUUCAAAUCGUUGCCGUUCAUAAGCAAGUAAAUUGUCCUGUAUGUGUGAGGGAGAUUUUGUACCAUAAUGCAAUUAGUAUGAAAACCACAGUUGAAACCACUGGUCAUAUGACACACAAACCACAUUAAAGCCACUCUAACCAGCUAUUUUAUAUCCAAACCACACCCAUCUCACCUGUGCACACCUCUUCCCACUUUCUCUCUCUUUUCCCUCUCUGUCUAUUCCUCACUCAACUGUGUUUCAUCUAUUACUACACUUUGGAUCAAACCAGAUUAAAAAUGGGCUGCUUCACAUUUGUCAAAGUUGUGAUGGUUGUAUUCAACUUGCUUAUCUGCCUGGCGGGCAUGUGUUUGGCGGCUGCAGGGAUAUGGGUGACAGUGGACGGAGAUUCCUUUAUGAAAGUUUUGCCACCCUUUACUGAUGAUUUCGAGAAUCAUGUCAAUGUAGGAAUCUUCAGCAUCACUAUUGGAGCAGUUAUGACUCUGCUUGGACUGCUGGGGUGCUGUGGAGCUCAGAAAGAGAGCAAAUGCCUUCUUAUAAUGUUCUUCUCCAUCAUCCUGGUCAUUUGCAUUGCUGAGACAGCAGCCGCAAUAGUAGCCCUGGUCUAUUCCUCAUACACUGAGAUCAUUCUAAAAACGUGGGCCACACCUGGACUGAAGGAGAAGUAUGGGAAUGAUAAAAUCGUCACAGACUUGUGGAACUCAACCAUGACAACACUGCAGUGCUGUGGCUUCAGUAACUACACAGACUUCUCUGAAUCCCUCUACUAUAAGCGGAAUGGGGCCCUUUACCCCCCUACCUGUUGUGCAGGUCUUGAGCUCUUCCCCUGUGACGACGACAAUGCAGGUUUCAGUAAUGUGGUGGGCUGUUAUAAACAAAUUGUUAAGAUCAUCCAGAGGAACGUCACCAUUGUGGGAGGAAUAGCUGCUGGAGUCACUGCCAUUGAGGUGGCAGCGAUGGGGGUGUCUAUGUACCUCUAUUGCUACCUGGACAAAAAAGCCACCUGAAAGUCUCAUCUUACUAGUUUAUUAUUAUGUAUAUGCAUCUUUUCUAUAUGCUACAGGAUUAGUUACUUUAAUUGUAGAUAAUAAUAUAGAUAUUAUUUAUUGUAGGAUUACAGUUGUAUCACGUUAACGAGGUGAAGUGGAUGAUUAAAUUGUUGGUUAUUUGAUUUUGAAAUUGAAAGUUACAUAAACAUAAUCAUUUUCUUCUGAGUUUGUAAUGUAACGCAAUUCAUGAAAUAAAAAUGUUGCUGUAUCCCCUUCUACAUUAGAAAGUAAUUUUAUAACCAGAGAUCAAGUUCAUUUGCAUAGAGAAGCAAUAAUUGUUUUGCACUGAAACGCUUCAUGUCACACAAGCUGUUCUUAUACAUGAAAAAUUAGUUUAGGGAGAGAUAGGAAAGUGUUUGUGGAGAAUGUGUUAUAAAUUAUGCAUUUGCAACUAUCUCUAACCCACUGAAAAUUAUUUGAGUAGGAGACUGACUGAGGAUGAUCAUUUGUUCUGUUGGUACAGUUAAUACUAAAUAAAAAUGAGAUCAUGAGUCAGUCCAGUUCCUCUAAAAAUCCUUUGUAAUGAUGUAGGCAAACAAGCAAAGUAUGACCUUCUACCCCACUGAUAGUAUACAAAAAUACAGAUCAUAAUGAAUAAUAAUGAUAAAAGAUAUAUAUGACAAUUACACAGAAAUCAGGAUAGAGUUUUUGACUUUCACUCGAAAAUUCAGAGACACUACAUCUCAUUCUACAAAAACUACUCUGACUUUUUGCAUGAUGAUGCAAUUACCCCUACAACAUCGGCACACACAGGAGAAUCAUUUACGCAAGGGAUCAGCCACACUAAAUUUGCAUUGAUUUCAAUAGUCACACAAUUUCCUUUGUGGCUGCUUCAAUUUUCCACGUAAUUUGCCUGCUGUGCUGUCUGCUUAUCGAA